AAAAGAGUUUUUGGCUCUUUCUACUAUUUGCGAAACAAAAAUGACACAAGUGAAAGGUUCGAGUACAUGUGUCUUGCCAAAACAUCGAAAACGUGGUUUAGCUUAAUGUCUUGCCAUAAAAGCAAAAACAAGAAACAAAAUUUGGAAAGGAAAGAAGAUGAGAAAUCGCUUGUUUGUCGUAUUUAGCGAAAGCUAUAACUUCCGGUGUUGAAACAUUUCCAAGCCACUUCCGCUUUUCAAAGCGACCGAGUUAUGACUUCACUAAUGGCGUCACGUCAAAUUGGGAGUCCUAUCCCACAUCCUCCUAAGCGCGCUUGGAGCGACGACCAAACGUGUCAGCUGGACGAAUCUGUAGUGACACCCGGCUUCGCUUACAACAUCGCGAGGUAUUUUCCUUCGGGAACUCACGCUGAUAAAGAGAGGUGCAUAGAACUCAUGGAGAAGAUUGGAGUAUCAUCAGAUCCAGCAAUGUGGUAUUCAACAGCUCCGGUGUCUCCCGCGCGACCACGGAGCGUGCCGCCACGAUGCACUCGUUUCCCGGAGAAGAGCAAACACAGUUCUACGAAAAACCCGGAGCUGUUUUACAUGACCACUAAUAAAAGGGAAUUCGGAGGAAAUUUUGGUCCGCCGGCAAGGAGUGCAAGACCAAGCACUUCCAAAAUAUUCUCAAGCAGAAAUAGCGACAGUUCCACAACAUAUCGGACUGACUUUAGUUCAAAGAACGAUAAAAAAGUAAAGGGAAUUCGCACGGGUAGCUCAUCUGGUAACAGAAGCAAUAAUCCGCACCCCUCCGAGGCGUUCAUAACAUGGAAAUUCGCAAGCCGAUUUCCAUCAGUACUCUGUGAAGAGAUUGACCCAGAAGCAAUGAAUGAAGUGUGUAAAGAUGAACUUAAAUCUACCUAUCAGAGUGAUUACACAGGAAUUCCACAGGGGGUGAACAUUUGUACUGUGUUUGAGGGAGAUCUUGUUCCCUCUUUGUACAAACCUCUAAAUACACUGGACUCCACAUCCCGGUACAGUUAUCAGGUACCUGUUGUAAGGCCCACAUUGUCGGCAAACUUUACUCGUUUUGGGUGCAACAGGAACAAGUAUAAACCAGCUGUGGGAGCAGUUCCUACAGUAUCCUACAAUUCUCCGCAAAUGCAUCUUUAUGGACAGACACAUUACUCAAGAGAUUAUGUUGACAAGUCUGCGGUUCUUAAGGAAAAAUCAAAAAAUUACCAGCAUGCAGCAAUUCCAGCAUUGGAUGAGUAUUUAAAAACUGCAAAGCCACAUGAAAGGGAAAGUUUGAUGCAAAAAUUACAGAGCUUAGCAACAAAAGACAGGCGUGAGAAUCAUUAUCCACAGUGGCUUUCACAGUGGACAGGUCCUGUGUAAAACUGCUUCCUCAAGAAGAAAUAAUGCAUUGCUGAAAUCUGGAAAAUGUUUGUUGAUUUAUUCCAGUGCAACAAUCAUUGAAAUUUUCUUUUAUUAUAAAUCCACUGCAAUUGUUGUAAAAAGUGGUAAAUUUUUCUUCACAAUUCAAAGCAAUGUGAAUAGUUAUGUCUCCACUUAACUUUUUUUUCUUACAGUCCAGGAAGAUUACUGACAAUCCUUUAACUAAGUGAUGCAGUGAUAAACAAGAAACAACAAAGUUGUUGUUUAGGAAAGUCCUUGCAGCUUUUUUAUAUAUUUUAAUUUAUUUGGAUGUUCAAUUGGGAGAGUUCUUUCAUUACAGUGCAUAUUCAGAUCCUUAAUUUAAGAGACUAAAAUGUACAUUUGAUGAAAGUGAAAGCUUUCUCGUGAAAAAAUAAAUGAAAAAUAUUUAUUGAUUUUAAGUUAUUUAAAACAAGUGGAAAUUCAAUGUAACAUUUCUCUAUGUCAUGCAGUGAACACACUGUUAUUGUAUUUGUUUGAUGCUCUACAGUUAAAAAGAGGUUCUUACUUACCUCCCGAGAUAAUUAGAACCUCAUGUUACAUGCUGUCACUUGAUUUAAAAAAAUACCUUGUCUUGAUUCAGCUUAAUUGUUCACUGAGUUAAGUUGAUUUUACAGUUUGAAAACAGCUUAUUAAAACUGAUAGUGCUAGUAGUGUAGUGUGACUACAAAAUGCUGGUAACUGUUGCAGCAAAAAAGAAUACCUGUCACUAAAUAAGAAACUUCAGUACAUGUACUUCCAGGGCUUGACACUAAUGGUAGCCCACUAGCCACAGACUAGUAAAAAUUCAGUUUUGGCCAGUGGUUUUCAAU